AUGCUGUACCGGUACGGAAAGAUGGGGAUCAGUUGUCCAUGGAGGACACUACUUCCAUUCUGCCUCGUCUCAAGAGGAAGCCCGCCAACUCCUAUGGGAUCGGUGCCCUGGCUAAGUCCUCUCUGACAGGUGUGUCAGGUGUGAGUCGCUCCAUGAAGGACAAAGUGACCAAACCCACUGCCAUGGCCCAGGGUCGUGUUGCCCACAUGAUCGAGUGGCAGAGCUGGGGCAAACCAUCUGCAGGGCCGAUGGGGAGCGCAGGGCAUACCAACCUGCAGAGGGAAAAGGAGAGGAGGAUGGAGAACGACGCCUACAGCGACCUCAGUGAUGGCGAGAAGGAAGCUCGCUUUGCUGCAGGCAUCAUGCAGCAGUUUGCAAUCUCUGAGGCGACUCUGUUUGGCUGGAACUCGAUGGAUGGGGAGAGUAUGGGAGCCGGCUCCAACCAGGGCAGCGUCGCUCACCUCAGUGAGGUCAACCAGGAGAGCAUCACCAGCAGAGACCAGGUGCUCCACCACUCCUCUGCGGAUGUCUGGCCUCACACCUACGUCUCACAGGGCCUGUACUGCCUGUCGUCCUCAGAUGCCUGGGAACCAAUCACCAGCCAGCCCUCGGGCGUGGCCUCUCCUGCUGCAGGCUCCUACAUCAUGGCAGCUGGUGGCAGCAGUGGAGCAGGGGGUACACCCGGUGAAGGGUAUGAGGGGACAGUAGGCGGUUACCUUCAGCAGCACCAGACUCAUUUCACCUUGCAGCAGCACAACCAGCUCCAACAGCUCCAGCACCUUCACCACUACCAGCAGCAACAGCUUCUGCAGUACCAACAACAGUCCAUGGACCCCAGGCCACAUAGUGCCUCCCAUUCCCUCCAAGCUACUCCCAACAGCACCAUCCACAGUCUCGGUCCUCCCACCCACCCUCGGCUAGCUGACCUGUGGGGAGCUGCGCAGGUUGAGGCACACCACGUGGACAUUGUCGGACAGCUGAGUGGACAGAUGACUGAAAUGGUCGGAGGUGUAGUGGAGACAGUUGGAGAGGAGCCUGAACCAGAGUCUGAAGACAUUCCUGAGCAGCAUGAAGAGGAAGAGGAGGAGCUGACAAAGGUAGAAGAGGUAACAUUAACCUUGGAGCCGGAGCCGUGCUCUUUGACCCCAUCCCCGCUGAGGGAGGAGGUCCCCCCCACUAGAGGCUCAAGCCCAGGACUGCCAUUACAGAUUGCUGAAUCUGUCCCGGAGAGGAAACCGUUUGACGUUACGCCCUGUGUUGUCCAAUUGCUGGAGAAGGACGAAGAGGCGGAGGAGGGCUCUAUUGUUGUUGUUGCAACCAACUGAAUUAUAGGGCCAAAAAAAAAAAACUGACAAAAACAGGAAAUAAA